GCAGAGCAUACCAUAAUAAACAAGAAAAGUGGGUUUUUCUUAGAGAAUCAGAGGAUUUUGAAUUUGAUUAUGAUUUUGAUAUUUUUCUUUUUAAUACUAUUUGUUUCCAUUUUGCUUCACAUAUAAAGCCGCCACUCGUAUGCUCAUCCAUCAAUUCAUUCAUCUCUCCCAAAUUCUCAUUUCUGCAACUCAUAUAAUUUACAAAUCUUGGUGACCCACAAAUAACAAGCACCUUAAUUUUGCACACUCCAAAACGGGUAAUGUUUAUCUUUCUUUCUUUCUUUCUUAUUGGGUUCUGAAAUUUGAAGCCAAAAGGGUUUAAUCAACAGAAAGCAAAUGAAGUACGUUUUGGUUACCGGAGGUGUUGUUAGCGGACUGGGUAAAGGAGUCACUGCUAGCAGUAUCGGUCUUCUUCUUCAGGCCUGCGAUCUUCGCGUUACUUCCAUCAAGAUUGAUCCGUAUUUGAACACCGAUGCAGGUACAAUGUCCCCUUUCGAACAUGGGGAAGUCUUUGUACUGGAUGAUGGAGGAGAAGUGGACUUGGACCUUGGAAAUUACGAACGGUUUUUAGAUAUUAAGUUAACACGAGAUCAUAAUAUCACCACCGGGAAGAUAUAUCAGUCGGUCAUUGAUAAGGAGCGAAGGGGCGAUUAUCUGGGAUCAACGGUUCAGGUUGUGCCACAUAUCACAGAUGCCAUUCAAUCAUGGAUCAAACGGGUUGCAGCCAUACCUGUGGAUGGAAAAGAAGGUUCACCUGAUGUUUGUGUUAUUGAGUUGGGCGGAACUAUAGGGGACAUCGAAUCUAUGCCAUUUAUUGAAGCUCUUGGACAAUUCUCUUAUCGUGUUGGUGCUGGGAACUUUUGCUUAAUACAUGUUAGCCUUGUGCCUGUUCUAAAUGUUGUUGGUGAACCAAAAACGAAACCAACCCAACAUAGUGUUCGGGGAUUAAGGAGCAUGGGAUUGGUCCCGAACCUAUUAGCCUGCAGGAGCACAACGGAAUUGGAUGUGAAUGUAAAGGAAAAACUCUCAAGAUUUUGCCAUGUUUCGUUACAGAACAUAGUCAGCCUCUACGAUGUCACGAAUAUUUGGCACAUUCCUUCGCUCUUACGAGAACAGAAGGCUCAUGAAGCAAUAUUGAAAGCCCUUGAUCUUCUAAGCGUAGUACGCAAACCAGCUUUGGAAGAAUGGACGGCCAUGGCUCAGCGUUGUGACAUGUUACACGAGCCAGUCAGAGUUGCCAUGGUUGGGAAGUACACGGGUCUUUCGGAUUCUUACCUAUCUGUUGUAAAGGCUUUGUUGCAUGCUUCAGUUGCUUGUCGCAGGAAGCUGCUUAUUAACUGGGUUUCUGCUAGCGAUCUCGAGGAUGCAACUGCUUUAAAAAGCCCUGACGUUAAUAGAGCUGCUUGGAAUUCAUUGAAGGCUGCCGAUGCUGUUGUGGUUCCAGGGGGUUUCGGUGACAGAGGUGUGGAAGGGAAGAUCAUUGCCGCAAAAUAUGCCCGUGAGAACAAUAUACCAUACCUUGGGAUUUGUUUAGGAAUGCAAAUCGCUGUGAUCGACUAUGCUCGAUCUGUUCUUGAUCUUCAAAAUGCAAAUAGCACCGAGUUUGAUCCCAAAACUGAAAACCCGUGUGUUAUAUUUAUGCCGGAGGGCUCGAAAACUCAUAUGGGUGGCACCAUGCGUCUGGGAUCUAGGAGGACUUAUUUUCAUGCUACAGACUGCAAAUCUGCACAACUAUACGGUAAUCAGAGCUUCAUCGAUGAGAGACAUCGGCAUCGAUAUGAAGUGAACCCAAAUAUGGUGCCGCAGCUAGAAAAAGCCGGUCUCAGUUUCACAGGCAAAGAUGAGAGCGGGCAGCGGAUGCAGAUUGUUGAGCUCCCGAGUCACCCGUAUUUUGUGGGGGUUCAAUUCCAUCCGGAAUUCAAGUCGAGACCUGGAAAACCUUCAGCACUAUUCUUGGGGCUUAUAGCAGCAGCAAGUGGGCAGUUGGAUUGGUUGUUAAAGAAGAGCGUUGGUUCGAAGGCGAAUGGAUGUAGCAUCGGCAAAGGCAUGUCGGGAUUAUCAUCAACACAUCAUCGGUACGUUAACGUAAACGGAAACGUAAGCGUCGGAUCGUUUGAUGGAAUGUACAGUAACAGCAAUGGUUUGCAUGUGUGAAAAGAGUUGGUUUAUAGGAAUAGAUUUGUUGGUUUUGUAUAGUGUUAGUGUGGAUGGAUGGAGCUGCGAUCCGGUUUUUUAUACGGAUCAGCCUUUGCCUUUGCCUUUGCCGUCGCCGUCUAGUCGUAGACAAGUUUCGAUCGUAGUUCACUCGAUCUACUUGUUUUAGAUCGUCAACUAUUUGAACUUUUCAAAGGAUUCUGACUUAUGUUUCGUAUAUGUUAGAAUCGAAGUAAUGAAAACCACUUUUCCGCACA